GGGGGCCCGCGGCGAUGCUGUUCCGCUUCGGGGUGGUGGUGCCUCCCGGCGUGGCCCAGGGCCGUCCGCAGUUGCUGCUGGUGGGCUCCCGGCCCGAGCUGGGGCGCUGGGAGCCUCAGAAGGCCGUGGCCAUGAAGCGGGCGGGCGGCGGGGCUGGGCCCGACGGGGCGCGCGGGCUGCAGGAGCCGGGCCUGUGGCUCGCGGAGGUGGAGCUGGCCGGGGAGCCGCCGCCGGAAGCCGGGGAGCAGCAGCAGCAGCGGCGGCAGCCCGAGGGGGCGGGGCCCGGCGUCCCUGAGACUUUCUGGUACAAGUUCCUAAAGCGGGAGCCGGGAGGAGAGUUCUCCUGGGAAGGUAAUGGACCCCACCAUGACCGCUGCAGUGCUUAUAAUGAAAACAACUUGGUAGAUGGUGUGUAUUGUCUCCCCAUUGGACACUGGAUUGAGGCCACGGGGCACACAAAUGAGAUGAAGCAUACAACUGAUUUCUAUUUUAACAUUGCAGGCCACCAAGCUAUGCAUUAUUCAAGAAUUCUCCCAAAUAUCUGGUUAGGAAGCUGCCCUCGACAGUUGGAGCAUGUAACUAUCAAACUGAAGCAUGAAUUAGGGGUGACAGCUGUAAUGAACUUUCAGACUGAAUGGGAUAUUAUACAGAAUUCAUCAGGUUGUAACCGGUACCCAGAGCCCAUGACCCCAGAGACCAUGAUCAAGCUCUAUAAAGAAGAAGGAAUGGUCUAUGUGUGGAUGCCUACACCAGACAUGAGUACUGAAGGCAGAGUGCAGAUGUUGCCUCAGGCGGUCUGUCUCCUCCACGGCCUGCUUGAGAACGGACACACUGUCUACGUACACUGCAAUGCUGGCGUUGGCAGAUCUACAGCUGCUGUGUGUGGCUGGCUCAAGUAUGUGAUGGGCUGGAAUCUGAGGAAGGUGCAGUACUUCCUCAUGUCCAAAAGGCCCGCUGUGUAUAUUGAUGAAGAGGCAUUGGCACGCGCAGAGGAAGAUUUUUAUCAGAAAUUUGGGAAGGUUCGUUCUUCCUUAUGUAACCUCUAGUGGCUAAAAUCUCUAGCCUUUCCCUAAAGCUCCUGUCAGAGAAAUGGGAUGACAUUAUAAGGUCAUUCAAAGACAGACUCUUAUUAAACAGGAGUGUGGUGUGAUUUAUUAUUACUAUUUAUUAUUAUUAGUCUGGCAUGGACAUUUAGUCUCAGUUUUGACUGGGAGAUAUAUUUUCUCUGGAGCACCAUCUAAAGAAAUUUAUGAAUUGCACAAGAAAGGGAAGAAAGUCUUUGGACUCUGCCUUCUCAGUCUUAUGUGGUACAACAAGGUUAACAAAUACCAUUGACAGCACUUGGAAUCAGACUGCUCCUUUUGGUUGUCUUUACAUCUCAGGUUGUUUUAUAAAAAAUUCGUGACUAUAGGCACCCUUUCUUGUUGCAUUGUAUGUAACCAUUUGUUACCUGAAAGGGGGAGAAAAGCUAUAAUUAUACAGAUUUCAUCUCUUGGAACAAAAAUAACAAAGAGGGUCCUACUGCUUUGUAAUUGGAAGCUGUCUGGCCUGCCACCAAGCAAGACACCAAGGCCGGAAGAUAGAGGUGCCAUAAAUCCUUGCUGAAUGCAAUGGAAAGGAUUUUCUUGUUCUGUAGGGAGAUUUACCACAAUUCUUGUAGCAGAGAUUCUUAAUCUUUUUUGUCCUGAACUCCUUGGGAAGCCUAGUGAAAACUAUGGACCUCUUCUCUUAAAAAUGUUUUUAAAUGCACAAUAUAUGAUACAAAGGAUUAUAAAGGAAACCAAUUAUAUUGAAAUAAACUUGUUAAAAUAUUAUGAAAAAAGUUCACAGACCCCCAGGUUAAGAACCCCUGCUCUGACACAUCAGUGAAAAAUCUAGGAAAAUUACCAUUUUAUGUGAUUCCACCAUGGGAACUGGCUCUUGACUGGUAGCAGAGAUUUUUUCAUCUUUUGUCUUUGUAUUCCCUAGAACCUUCUAGAAUGCUUGGAACAUAGUAGGCACUUAAUAAAUGCUUAUUGAUUGAU